UGGGAUGCAUCCCCGUUCCAUCCGCAAAAUUGGCGGGAGCGGGAUUGGUUGAAUAAAAUUCCCGCCAUAAGUUUGACAAUUUUGCUUCCGCACCCCAUUCAAUUUUCAUCAUCACCGCUCCGGGUCUUAGUAAUAAGAUUCGUGUUCUGCGGUUCCUGAAUCUUUUGAUCAGAAAUUCUGAAAUUAGGGUUUAGAGGUGUAUGUAUUUAUUGCAACUGAUGCGGGCAACUGUUAAUUUCUAUCUGUUGUUGUUUGUGCAGGAAAUUUGUUUAUAUUGGAAGGGAUUGUCUAUGCCGACGCCGUUAAAAACUUAGAUGAUCAAAGAUAAUGGAAUUGGAUUCUUACAAAAGAAUUUAGAUGAGACCAUGAUAACAUUCUUGUUAGGUUUGGAUUAGUGAUGUGCCGUGCAACUACUUUUUUUGAGCAUGUUAAGAAGCGCUUGAGGCAGCUCGGCGUAGUUGUAGGCUCAUGUGUGCGCACAAAACAAAGUGGACCAUUGCGCUCCUGCACAUCUGAAGUUCUUAAUGAGUGUGUCCACUCUAGAUGCUACGAAUAUGUCAGCGUCAGACCUCAGAUCCAAGAGCACACACGCAUGGUUUAGGUUUCUAUGACAACCCUUUUCCUUUUUGUAUUUUUCUUAGAAGUGACGGACAAAAUCAGUAAAGGAAAUUGCAGGACAGAAGAGUGGUACCUUUUGGGUGCCUCAAAAUGUCCCUAGUCUACUCAACCUUCAUCGUGCCUAACUGCAUAAAGUAUAUAGAUACAUAGACAGAGAGAGAGAGAUAUGGUUGUGUGACCUGUGUCUCUGAUUCUUGGUUUUGUCUGAAUGGAAGACUCUGAAUUCUGAUCAUGAAGAGAGCAAGGGGAGUCAGAAACUUAGCAUUUAUUAUUUAAUAGGCGUGGGAGGGAGCAAGCAGCAUCUAGUCAGCUGCAAGCUAGGGCUAGUGAUUGUACCUCAGGGGACCAGAUGGUGACCUCUGAUACCCUCUCUUUUGUCCCCACGUCCUUACUUUUCAACACCCAAAAGUCUUCUCUCUUUCUCCCCCUCUCUCUCACAUGCAGUAUAUAUAAGACUCUCUGGGUUGGACUGUUGGAGUAGCAAGAAGACGAACAAGAUGGCAUGGAAUGAGACUGUAAAACCAUUAAUGGCUGGUGGAGUAGGAGGAAAACAUACUGUAGCAUUCCUGUAUGAUUACAACUACCACCCCUUUCCAGGUGGUCAUCAUCAAGCUGGGGAGGUGGAAAGGACUCAUCUAAGUAACAACAACAAUCACAAUAGUAACAGUAACAGCAACAGUAGCAACAACAACAGCGCCCACGAUGAGAACAACAAUCAUGCGGAAAGGAAGAGAAGGAUGAGGUGGGAUCAGAUAGAGUCAUUGGAGAGGAGCUUUCAGGAGGAAAUAAAACUUGAACCUGAGAGGAAAAUUAAGUUGGCCCAGGAACUAGGUCUUCAACCUCGAAAGGUUGCUGUUUGGUUUCAAAACCGCCAUGCUAGGUGGAAGGCUAAGCAACUGGAACGCCUUUACGAUUCACUUAAACAAGAGUUUGAUAUUGUAUCCAGAGAGAAACUGAAGCUCCAAGAGGAGGUUAUGAAGCUGAAAAUGAAACUAGACCAUCAAGCUCAAAUGAUCCAAGGCUCCAGAGGUUCUACAGAUGUCUUGAUGGAACCUGAAGAGACUGUCGAGAGCAAAUCAGUUGUCAUCAGCAACUCUUCCACCAUGUUACAGGGAGCCACUUAUCACCAGACUGCAGGCGAUUGCAACUACACUUUCAACCUAGACGACUAUAUUCAGGGUUCUUUGCCUUAUAUGGGAAUCUUACAUGGUUACCCUAACACCUACUAAACUGUUAAUAAGCCAGUUUAGGUUUUCUUUCUGUUGGUGUAGUACUGUUAGUUAAGGCUACAAUUAUAUAUUGUACUUGAACAAAUUAGCAUAACCUACUAUUAACACUUUAGACUUGGUCUGUUUCUUUUUAUUUUGGGUUUAUUAUGUGAGCUAUAGCAUCACUGAAGCAAUAUCCGACUAUCUGAGCGUAUAUUACAUA